AUGAAGUCCUCAAAUUGCUUGUCUCUGGUUUUGAUGUUAUUUGUUUCAAGCAUAGAAGCUCAAAGACCUGUUCCACCUGUUCGGCCCAACGAUCUCAACUUCACUGAAGCCCAAGCCGAGGAGCAUAAUUGUGGCCCGCUCUGCCAGCAAAACCUACAACGAUAUGAAGAAUUAGAUCGUGAGGUGUUUGGUAAUGUUCCCUACGACUAUGAAUUCUACGAGACUGCGGCCAACUUCUUCGAGUCACGGCCUGGGGACUUGUUGAAGCUCCAGCAGCAGAAUGCAUCUGCAUAUGAUAUCCCCCCUGGGACGUCACUAUGGUAUAUGCAGUACACAUCUGUGGGAGUUGGUGGAUCAAAGGUACCGGCGACUGCCUUUAUUGCACUUCCCUACGCGAAGGUUCCGGGACAGAAAACCCGUCUGGUCGCAUAUGCCCAUGGAACCAUUGGAGUUGUACCUGCCUGCGCUGCAUCUUCAUCUUACAACGGAUUCGAUUAUCAUAGCUGGCAGCUCCUCACAGGCCCCGGGUAUGCUGUGGUCGCAACAGAUUAUGCGGGCCUGGGGAACUACUACACUUCCCAUAAGUACGGCAAUCCAGUCCUCAACUCCGAGGACGUCUACUUCUCGGUCGUUGCUGCUCGCAAGGCCUUUCCAGGAGUUUUUACCGAUGGAUGGGCCGCUGUUGGUCAUUCCCAGGGAGCUGGAGCUGUCUGGGGAUUGAGUGAGAACCCCCGUGUCGCCACUACGGAAAGCGGCAAUUACCUCGGAAGUGUUGCGAUCGCUCCUAGUUCCAGACUGAAUGAUCUUCUCACAGCUGUGCCGCUCAAUGUAUCAUGGGGCUUUGCUACCUUGAUUGUGAAUAUAUUCCAGGCCCUGAUGUUCCCCAUCCAGCCGAUCAUUUUGACCCCAGAGGCCACAGCCCGUUAUCCCCUUAUCUAUGAACUUCAGCUUUGCGACACCGCUCAAGCUGAAUUAAAUGGGGACCUCCCAGACCAUGGCGUUGUGGACUUGACGCCCGCUAUUACUCAACACAAUCAUGAAGCUUUUAUCGCAUUCCAGAACGAGUACGGCGCGGCUACUGGAAGAAAGGGGUAUAAGGAACUUCUCGUUAUUCAAUCAAUCGAUGACGAGGUUGUGAAUGUUACUGCUACAAAGGAGGCGUAUGAAUAUGCCUGCAAGGUCGGCAACACCAUCCACCUGAGUUUAUACUCGGGCCUUGAUCAUGAUGAUUCAGUCGCAGCCUCAGCUCCAGAAUGGCUAGAAUGGCUUGACAACAAGUUUAUGGGAGUGCCAUACUCCCACAAAUGCGUCAUGGAGACGAGGAGUAUUUUGCUCGAUGCUGUGAAAUGA